AUGCUCGUAAGUAAUAAUAGCGGAAAAGUCGAAACACUGAACAAGAAGCUCCAGACCUUAGACUUAAACGCAAGGAAAAAUAACAUCAUUCUACAUGGCAUCGUAGAACCUACCACCAAAAGAUACGAGGAACUAAACGCUUCGAAAAAAAUCCAAAUCCUUAGAAAUAAGAAAAUGAAAGAAAACACGUAUAUAACUAAUGACUAUUCUAAGGAAACCAUGGAGAAACGCAAAGCAAGAAGAGCAAGUAAUUUUCGUGAAAAUGAAAAAAGAACCCCAGAGACACCAAGUCCGAAGGAAACAACCAACGGCACUAGCAAGAAAAAACAACGAACAGACGCUUUUCAACUCACGCGUGAGCGAGCCUACUCCACGUCUGAAAGAAAUACCUAA